UGCGCGCUAUAAUAAGUUAAUAGUGUAGUGCGAGUCACAGACCACAGUUAGUUGAUGACAGAGGAUUGCCAGAAAACAGAAAAGUGAAUCAAGAAAUCGGUAUUACAUCACACGGCCGCGGCCGUUGCAUAUUUGUUUUUUCUGCGUACUGUUGCGCGCACUUGCAUUUGGUCGACGUCGACGUCCUAUCACUCGCUCACUGAGACUGUGACUCGAGCGGGCAGGUAGCUCUGAGUCUGGGAAAAGGAGAAGGAGGAAAUAUUAGAAGAAUCGGACGACGCAACCACAGAGACAAUCAAGAAAUAAUGUCCGAUCAUCCGGAAUCUUCCAACAUCACUAUGAACUAUGCGCCGAUUCAACGCGAGAUCCGCUUGCCACGGCCACAACCACAACAUCCCACAACAGAGACAGUCUCAUACAUCGAACCUCCGCACGUUAUACUCUGUUCUGACGAAAACAUUACUCCUGAAGAGAUGAUAGUGACAGCCAUUUGUUGGACACUAGGAACACGACCAACAAAGGUGCCCGUGCGCCAGGUGCAUAUGACACCUGAGCUAGCAAAAGCACUAGAAAUGGCUACUAAUAUGAACCACUUUGAUCAGAUCCUAGUCUUUCUUGGCAUGGCAGGACUAAUGACUAUCGUCAAAAAGAUCAGAUCUUGCUUCAAUCCAAGUCAUGAAUAUCUCAUCAAUAGAUGGCAAGCUGUUUGUAAAGCAAACAAAAUAGAAAACAUUUUUAAAUCGGGUGUUGUUUUGCAAAAACGAUAUCUGACCUUUAUUAGAACAUUAGAAAUUUGGCAGGUUUGGAUUGAAUCGAGACCUGCACUCUCCAGAAGCCUCCUUGUUGCCGCCCUGGACCUUCCGGAAGGAUCUCCUAUGCUUGUGAAAACUGCGAUGGCUGAAGUAAAAAUAAAGAUUAAAUAUUUUGGCAUGAAGAGGAUAAUAAAGAUGGAUGCCUUUGUGUCUGUAAAAAAUGUAAAUGUAAAUAAAGCCAUCUUCCUCUCGGAUAUCGCACAACAAGCUGCUGAUCUCAGAAGAGCUAUGGAUGAGUUACGCACAAGAUAUGGAAAUCGUUUCCCAUAUUUGGAAAUUUACAGGCUCGAAGGAAGAGAUCGCCUUAAUUUUAGGAAAUACCCAGACCUUUUCUAUGCGGUUUUUGCAACCGAAGUUGCAAAAAAAAAGACAAUCCCUGAUAGCGUAAGGGAUAUUUUAAUGGAUUUUCAGACUCGGACCGCGAAAUAUAUCAUAGAUGAUGAACUAAAGAAAACGUUGAAAUCCGAGAUGCUUGAUGAGGUAACUACUGAAAAUCUCCGUUUCCUUAAUAUUGAUCCGCGUCUCUUCUGUCAGCGUCGAGAAGAAAAUGGAAAUUUAAUAUCUUAUUGUACGAUAAUAUAGCAACUAAUUGCGAGAUAUAUCAGUUGCUUGAAAUUUAUAGGACAAUCUCAUAAGUAUGAAUAAUAAAAAAUAACAGAAAAUGUAUCAGCCAGAGCGAUUAUUUAUUUUUGUACAAGUUCGAUGGAAAGUAAUAAGAGUAAGAAAAUGAGUAAAAUAGAACCAUAACAA